AUGGCUACCACAACCUCAGGCAACAGCUACCGCCUCCCCCCGCGCACCUCCUCCCUCAACCCCCCUCUCUCACCAGGCAUCACACCCGCGCGCCAAGCCCAGCUCAGCAGCUCUUCCUACUCGCACCACACCGAGGACCCCUUGAUCUUCGAGAUUGGCAGCCGUCUUCUGCGCGCCGGCUUUGCGGGCGAGAGUGCGCCCAGAUGCGUGCUCGAGUGGAGCAACGAGGUGUUUUGGUGCCGCGAGGGCAUCGUGUGGACGGGCGGCGCGAGUACUACUAGGGAUGAGGACGGGCGUGGUGGGGGGGAGCUGUGGAGGGGCGAUCUGAGGAGUGUGGAGUUGGGGGUUGUGGAGGAUGUGGUGGAGAGGGGGGUGAGGAUGGCGUAUAACAAAUACCUCCUCCUCGACUCCAAGCUCAAACGCGUCAUGAUUGUGACGCCCCCCCUCCUCCCCACGGCGGUGCUCACCUCCCUCCUCAAGUCCCUCUUCGUCCACUUCCAGAUGCCGGGCAUCAUGCUCCUCUCCGCGCCCACCAUGGCCACCCUCUCCGCCGGCACCCGCAGCGCCCUCGUCCUCGACCUCGGCUGGGAAGAGUCCACCGCAACCGCCAUCUACGAGCUCCGCCCCGUCGGCCAACCCCACCGCACCCGCCGCGCCGGCCGCCUCCUCCGCGACUUCUGGCGCGACCUCCUCCUCACCUCCACCACCACCUCCUCCUCCUCCACACCCAAAAAGCCCAAAAUCCCCAACACCCAACUCGACGACAUCAUCUCCCGCCUCGCCUGCACCCGCCUCCCCUUCAGCGCCCUCGCAGACCCCACCGAGAAGUGCUUCUUCGCCCCCACAACCGUCCCCAGCAGCAGCCCCGACUACCCGGACGACGACGACCUCGCCCUCCCCCGCCUCGUCUACGAGGCCCUGCGCGGCGUCCCCGUCGACGUCCGCGCAGCGUGCAUGCAGCGCAUCAUCAUCGUUGGCGGCGCCAGCCAGGUCGUGGGGCUGAAGCGGCGCAUCAUCGACGAAGUGCGGCUGCUCGUCGAGCGCGAGGGGUGGCACCGCCCCGGCGGUCGCCGCCGUUCCGGUGCUCCACAACCACCUACACCACCACCACCACCACCGGAGGAGGAGCAGGGGGGGCAGGAGAAAGAGGUGAGCUACGAGUGGCGGCAAGAGGACCGCGGGGGCGCGCUCUCGCCAGGGAGUCCAAGGGGUGGGUUGGAGAAGGGGCUGCGGCCGGCGGGGACGCCGAGGGUCCGCGGGUUGGAGAGUAUGGGGGCGUGGGUGGGCGCUAGUUUGGUUGCGGGGAUGAAGGGGAGGGGCACGGUGGAGUUGGAGAGGGAGAAGUUUCUGCAGGCUGUUGCGGGGGGCGGGACGGGGUUGCCGGUGGGGUAUUAG